AUGGAUGUUUGUCUGCUGCAAGAGAGAGGCGAAGACAGAGCUCAAAUAUCCUCUAGGCCUCCAGCAGGAAUAGCUCUGGUUCCGGCGGCAGGGGCCGGUCGAGCGGCGCUUGCCAGCAAUUCCCAUGGUUUGUUCCCUGAAACUGAACUGUCUGAUGAGGAGGAACUUCAGCAUUCGGUGGUAUCUAGUCCCCAAGAGGCAGUGCCACAACCACCACCAUUCCCAGCACGACACACCAUUGUUCCGAGGAGAGUUGAUGAGAAGGGGAAAGAGCCCGAGGAGGCUUCCAAACAAAUCUGUGGCAUCUGUCUCUCGGAGGAGCAGAGAGCCACAUUACAGGGUUUGCUUAAUUGCUGCUCACAUUACUUCUGCUUCACAUGCAUCCUGGAGUGGUCAAAGGCGGAGUCGAGGUGCCCAGUGUGUAAAAGGCGUUUCAACACAAUUACGGUGGCAGAUGAAGGAUCAGGGCUGAGGAGUACUGCUAUUAGGGUACAAAAACGUGAUCAGGUAUACCAGCCCAGUGAAGAAGAACUGGAUCCAUAUGAAAAUGCUAUAUGCAUUGAGUGCAAUCAAAGUGGUGAGGACAAUCUCAUGUUGCAGUGUGAUGUAUGUGAGUCCUCUGCACAUACUUUUUGUGUUGGUUUGGGAAGAGAAGCACCAGAAGAGAGCUGGUAUUGUGGUGGGUGUAGAUUCACUGUGGAGGGGCCUUCUUAUGCACAAACACUGGAUCAGGUGGUCAACCAUGGAGAAAGUAAUAUGAACACUGCUGACACCAGUUCUAGUUCGUUUGGCAGAUCUGUAUUGAAUGGUGUAUCCCAGAGACUACCACCACCACCACUAAACAUCCAUCAGCCUUCUUUGCAAGGGUUUGAUCUGAAUCUCUGUCCAAUAGAAACCCCUGACGAAGAUGAGCGAGCUGAGUCGCAUAUCUCAGCUGAACCUGCAUCAACCCCUACUGGGAGAAACUCAACUCUGGAUAGGAGGCGUGCCUUGAACCGGCGUAUUCACAUUCUUCUAUCUAGACCUAGGGCUGCAACUCAUGCGUUGCAGAACGGUGUUGAAAAUUUCCGAGAAGUAGCAAAUGCCAAGGACCAGCUGAUUCCUUGUGUCAAGAAGAGCAUCAAGCACAUCUGUGCUCAGUCUCCACUGGAUGAAACUGCUUUCAUGAAUGUAGCACGGCGGGCAACAAACACUAUCUUGGCGUUGUCUGGGAUUGAGCACAACAGGGAUAGGGUUGUUGCUACACCUUUUCCUUAUCCCAGGCGUUGCUGUCAUGCCUGUGAUGGCCGAGAACCAGAAUUUCUCAUGAGCACUAUCUGCUCGGCAUGCUUCAACUCUUUUGUUGGCAAGGUCGUCGGUCACAUCGCAAAUAUGUUUUCCUGAAGUUGAUGGUGCUGGAGGUCCCUGAUGAUAAGUGUUUUGAGAGGCUGG